AUGGUCUUCACGCCGCCCUCAUAUCUUCCCCCGCUGCCAGAACUGCCGGAUUCCAUCACCAUCGAAGAGUUCAUUCGGAAUGAGCAGUAUGGCCGCUAUCCGCUGGCCAAGGCCAGGAACCCCUACACGUGCGGUAUCACGGGCACGACAUACACUGCCGCACAGGUAGCUGAGCGGACCGACUACAUGGCUCGCGCGAUUAGCAAGCGGCUAGGAUUCAACCCUCAAGAGGAGUCGGAGUGGGAGAGAGUGGUCGCGAUAUACUCGGUCAACACGAUUGACUAUCUUCCCUUUACGCACGCCAUCCACCGCCUCUCCGGCAUCGUUACGCCCGCGAGCGCCGCAUAUUCGAUACCGGAACUUGAGCAUCAGCUCCGCACGUCAGGAUCAAAGGCCGUCUUCACAUGCGCUCCCCUCCUCGACAACGCCCUCAAGGCGGCUGCCGCUGUGGGCAUCCCCAAGGACCGCAUCUUUAUACUGCGGACCGCGGGCUUCGACAACCCCCCUUCUUAUGUGACGAUUGACGACUUGGUGGCCGAGGGCAAGGAGCUGCCGCCGCUGAGGCCCUUGAAAUGGGUCAAGGGACAGGGAGCCAGGCAGACGGCCUAUCUGUGCUAUUCUAGCGGCACCUCUGGCCUGCCGAAAGCCGUCAUGGUCUCCCAUCGCAAUGUCAUUGCCAACGUCAUGCAGGUCUCCGUGUUCGACAGCGUCCCCCGAAAGGCGCUCGGCAUCGAGACUCAGGUCGCUCUGGGCGUGCUCCCUUAUUCACACAUAUAUGCGCUUGUCCUGGUUACCACCCUCGGCCAGUACCGCGGCGAUGAGGUCAUUGUGCUGCCGAGAUACAACUUCCACGAGCUCCUUGACGCCGUCCAGCGCUUCAAGAUUGAGCAGCUCUUCGUCGUCCCGCCCAUGCUGAUUCAAAUCAUUGGCAACCGCGACAAGGCUGCCAAGUACAACCUCGACAGCGUGCGCUACGUCUACAGCGGAGCGGCUCCGCUGGGCUCCGAGGUUGUCGAGGAGCUGACCGGCAUGUAUCCCAAGUGGCGCAUCGGGCAGGGCUACGGCAUGACGGAAUGCUCGCCCACCGUUUCUUCGACCAACGAGCUGGACGUGCUCUUUGGCUCUUCCGGGUCUCUGCUGCCGGGCAAGAAGGCUAAAGUCAUUGAUCUGGAGGGCAAGGAGGUGACCGAGUACGACACUCCGGGCGAGCUGCUGAUCCAGUCUCCGUCCGUAGUGCUGGGCUAUCUCAACAACGAAAAGGCCAAUGCGGACACGUUUGUCCACGACGACGACGGCCGGUGGCUACGGACGGGUGACGAGGUUGUCAUUCGAAAGUCGGCACAGGGCCACGAGCAUCUCAUUGUGGUGGACCGCAUCAAGGAGCUGAUUAAGACUAAGGGUCACCAAGUCGCUCCCGCCGAACUCGAGGCCCAUCUGCUAAGCCAUCCAUACGUCUCCGACUGCGCCGUCAUCCCCGUCUUCGACUCCUACGCCGGCGAAGUGCCCAAGGCCUUCGUCACCAAGUCUGCAGACUGCGCCGGCAAGGCGGACAGCGAUGUCGAGGCUGCCAUCCACAAGCACGUGCAAGACCACAAGGCCAAGCACAAGUGGCUGGCCGGCGGCAUUGAAUUUACCGACGCCAUCCCUAAGAGCCCUAGCGGUAAGAUUCUGAGGCGCCUCUUGAGAGACAGGGAGAAGAAGGCCAGAGAGGCCAAGAGAGCGAAACUUUAA